AUAAAUCUGUUUUACGAUGCACUAGGGCAUUACUGCAUUACUGCAGAGCACCAGUAUCUACGAUGAUUUUCAGGUGCUUAAGUUACGAUGCUUUUGGGGAAAAGACCGUAAGAUCAGUCGUACGAUCUUUCUUACGAACUUCUUUUAGGCUUACGAAGCUUUUGGGAAACUCAGCCCAGAACUGUUCAUCCCCUAGCAUCCCACAUCGGCAUUUCAUAUCUUAAUCCAUGAUGAAUGAAUUUGGUGAACCAUUUGGCGUGUUGAACCAUUGGCCAUAGUCGCGUUAUAUUUGAAGUGGCGCUGCACAGACCGAUCGUUGUAUGACAUCAAAGUAGCCUACCGCGAGAGCGAUUCAAAAGCACAAGGAGUCGUUUGCUCUCUAAGCUCUUGCGGUUCUUUGACGUCACAAACCAAUCGGUCUGAUGGUGAUGAUCCCCUUCAAGUCGAACAAGCUUAAUGAUUCAUGAACCAUUCAUAAAGAUUCAUUUACUUCACUCCUGAAUGAAUCAGCCAUUUAAACGAAUCAAAUUAAUGAAUAAAUGACUCGAUGACUUAAUCAUUAAGACAUUUACAACCACCUACUGGCACUUUUAGUUUAUUAUUUAGAGUAUAAUUUCAUUAAAUAAAUAAUUUCAUAUUUUCAUGGCAAUAAUAAUAAAAUGAAGAAAAUAUAUUAUUAUAGUUCCCCCAACCAAAAAUGACAAUUCUUUCAUCAUUUACUCACAUUCUCCAAAAGAGUAGGCUAUAUGUAAUCAAAUUUGUCAAAAAAAAAAAAAAGUUCUUGCUGAGCCUACUUUUUGUAAUCUGUGGUUGAUGCUUUGCACAACAAUGGCUUAAAAUGACUCUUUUCAGAGUAAUUUCUCAAAAUUUGAUGUCCAAUUAGAUUAAUUAAUCACCACAUCAUGUAAUUAAUUAGUUUAAAAAAUUUAAUCGCUUACCAGGCCUAUGUAGUUCUCACUCUGGAGUUUUUCACCAUAGGGGAACUUACAGUUAACCAUUUUUAAAAAAUCCUUUUAAUGUGCCUCUUUGUGAGUUUUUUAAUACCUAAAAAAGAUGUCACACAUAGCCUACAGUUGUGCCCCCACAAAAUGCAUUUGAUUUAGAAAUUUGAAAAAUAUGUGUAUUCUAACUCGAUCACAUGAAAGUGCGUAUAUAGUAGGCCAAAUAUAUAUAUUUUAACUCGUGGUAUUGAAACGCAAAAAUUAACUUUGGUGUGUAGGCCUACAUGCUACUUGAUGGAUAGGUUUAGGGUUGUGGUGUGGAUGCGUAUCAUAUGUACACGAAACCUGCUAUCAUAUUGCUCGCCAACAAAUUUAGUAUCAUAUGCACGCGAAAACUGCGUUUAAUAUUCACGCCAAACACAAGCGUAUCAUAUACACGCCAAAGUCAUUUUUGCGUAUUUUUGGCGUACUAUUUAUACUUUUUUUAUUUUAUAUUUCAAAAUAUAAUAAAUAGCCUUUUAUACAUUAUCAACACAUCACACCAUUGACCUUUAUAAUAUAUGAUACACUCUUGGUUAUGCAUGAGGCAAACAUUUAGUUAGGGGAAAAAAAGGCUGAAACCAGUUUCCAGGAACCUGCCACGUGAAUCUCAGACAGUCCUCCUAAUUUUAAAAACGCCCUGCACGCGUUUCUGUGUUCACUCGCGCGCUCUCACCAUCAGCUUUCAUUCAUACAGUAUUAGGCCACCAUCAAUAGUUGCGCUCUCUUUCAUGUGCAUGCAUUGACACUCUCAUCACUCAUGAAUAUUUCUGAGAGCAGAGCGGGUCUCGGCACAGUGCUGCCUCUAACUAGUUUCGAGAACGUGCUUUUGUUUCUCUUCAAUAUAAUUCUCGCCACCGCCAUUAUUUUUGUCAACGCGUCCGUGUUUAUCGCCAUCGUGAUAAGCCGAUCACUGCGGAACGAGAACCGCUUCAUGUACAUGCUCAGCACGUGUCUCAGUGACAUGUGCACGGGCGUCACGUAUUAUUAUGCUGGAGUUAUGGAUGUACGUGAUUAUUAUGACUCCCCGACUCGCACUUUCUUUCUCUCUUACAGUUUUCUGGGUCUGUCCUAUAUGGCGAUUCUGGCCGCGCAAGCGGACCGCUUCCACGCGGUCUCCGCGCCCUUCAAAUACUCGCAGCGCAUGACGCGCAACAGAACCCUGUUGCUGAUUCUGGCCUACUGGGUUUAUUCUUUUUUCAUAGUGGCAGUUAAUAAUUUGGUGCCUAUAGGGGUUGCUAUAAGAGUGACGUUCCUUGCUGCUUUUGUGAGUAACUUUUUCACAAUCAUUAUCAUGAUUGGGUUGAACGUAAGACUCUUCGUUGUCGCUAAAUUUCAGUUAGGACGCGAACCGCCGAGCGAGGAACGCGACAACAAGCAAGCGUCCAUUUAUCUCAUCAUAAUAGUGGCCGUGUGUUUUCUGAUCGCGUGGUUGCCCCUUUUUCUGUCUGUUAUUGUGUGCAAUUUUGCAGGGUCUUCGUGCUAUGCGUUCAGAAAUGAGGGCACAGACCCCCUGCGCAUUUUGGCGCGUCUCAAUGCGCUCACCACACCUUUACUGUACAUCAGAGGCUGUACUCCGCUCAGGAGCACCGUUAUGAUUAAAGUCUGGAAAAUACUAUGCUGCAAGAGUAAAGGGGUGAAGCCACAGAAUAUGGAGCAGACUGUAGAAAAGAUGUAGCAGGAUCUUCAGGAUGUGAGAAUCUUAAAAUUAUAGGACUUUAUAGAGAUUUUAAGAAUACACUGGCCAAAAGAAAAAUGUUAUCAUUUGGAUUUAAAUAAGAAAAUGAGUGAAUAAUUGUAUCAUUAUUGCAGUUAUGUUUUUCUAGCAUGUUAAAUGGUUGACAACAAUUCUUUUAACCCCAAUUGAUGCAAUGUGCACCUUUUUAUUUCUAAAACAAGCAUGUUGGAAGAUGUAUUUCAUGGCCCUAUUUUAGGAUGAUGAUGCCAGGAUUCAGUAGGCCCAAACUGUAAAAGAAUGGUUCAGGGAACAUGAGGAAUCAUUUUCACAAAUGAAUUGGCCACCACAGAGUCCUGAGAUCCACUGAAAGUUUUGGGAUGUGCUGGAGUCGACUUUACGGAGUGGCUGUGCAUAUUGACUUUCCCAUUAUACAAGAUCUUUGCCAAAUAUUAAUUUAACUCUAAUUGGAAUACAUUUUGUGAUGUUGCAUAAGAUUUAGAAAAAAAAUGCCAAAAUAAAUGCACAUGGUGGUCAAAGCUAAAUGCACUGCAGCAAAAUAUAAGGCAGCAUUUUUUUUGACCAGGCAGUGUAUAUUUAAAUAUUAAUUAACUCUAUGUGCAGUUUCAUGUCUGUCCUUUUCCGACUUGUCUUGACAUGUUUGUAUCUUGAAAUAGCAUUUAAUAAGGCAAAUGUAUUACUUAAUUCUACCUUCUUAUAAGAAGUAACUUGUUGAAAUUAUUAAGUGCCAAGAUGACAUUGUGUAUAUGACAUCUCUGUAUGUAGCCCUAUGACUGAUGUGUGACUUUUUUUCUGUAGGCUAUAGAUUGUCCAAAAACAACUUAUUUUUUAUCCACUGUUGUUUUCAUUAGUUUAAUGAUAAUCAUAUCACUUUUUAUUUUUAUAAUUUAAUAUAUAACAGCUUUCCCAAUUUCCAUAAUGUUUCUGUUCGUCCAACAACUUUUAAAACACCACCCUGCAUUUGCCUCAAAUUAUAAAACUGCUUUCUGAAAUCU